AAAAAUAUCACACAUACCUGUUGCGGUGAUCGAUCACAUUGCACCUCCAGCUCUGUGGCGUAAGCGCUCACCAGAAUACAUCACGUGACCUUUGAUAUGUCAAAGCUCGUGGAGAACUCAAACUACAAACAAUCAUACACAGCGAAGUCGUCGUGAGGGCGUAGUAUACAGUUCAUUGCUACUUGUCGACUGCAAUAUUUGAAACAGUGCCAUUAUGUUGAAUACAGGAAAACUAGCUGGCAGGACGAUCUUUAUCACCGGUGCAAGUCGUGGAAUUGGUAAAGCCAUAGCUUUGAAAGCUGCUAGAGAUGGAGCUAAUGUUGUGAUAGCUGCAAAGACUGAUAAACCACAUCCUAAGUUACCCGGGACUAUCUACACUGCUGCAGAAGAAAAAGACAGGCUAAUUAACAUAUCAACUGAGACCCCGGAAACCGGUUUAUUGUUACGAUCCAUGGCUCGGCGACUCGACCCACCAUCUAAAUUAUGUAUUCCAUAUUUGAAGUCUGGUAAGAAUCCACACAUAUUGAAUAUGAGUUCUCCACUUUCAAUGUCGUCAAAGUGGUUCCAGAACCAUGUAGCCUACACAAUGGCUAAAUAUGGGAUGUCAAUGUGUGUGCUGGGAAUGGCUGAAGAAUUCAGAUCUGAUGGUAUAGCAGUCAAUGCACUCUGGCCAAGAACUGCUAUCAUAACGUCAGCAAUGGAAAUGUUAGCUGGUAGUGAAGUUGCAAGUCAAUGUCGAAAACCUGAAAUCAUGGCUGACGCUGCAUAUGUUGUGUUGACCAAAGAUAGCAAGGAUUUUACUGGAAAUUUCUGCAUUGACGAUGUUGUGCUGAAAGAUGCAGGUGUCACUGACUUUGAUGUGUAUGCUGUUACACCAGGACACUCACUGAUGCCAGAUUUUUUCUUGGAUAUUGAUAGCCCAAUCGGGAGUGAAUCUGAAAAGCAGGAUGUCAGUCAGACCAAUUCGAGUGAAACUGCCACCACUGAUACUGAGACAGCCAAAACAUUUGAUCAAAUUAAGACAUUAAUGAGUGAAGAAUUGGUGACUAAAAUAGGAGCAAUAUACCAAUUUGAUAUAAAAGGAGAUGAAGCUGGGACAUGGUAUCUGGAUCUUAAGAACAAUUCCGGGUCACUUGGAACGGGCGAACCACCAAAUGUGAAAGCUGAUUGCACUAUGACAAUGAAAAGCUCAGAUUUCAAUAAAAUGUUUGCUGGAAAAUUGAAACCAGCAACUGCUUUCAUGAUGGGUAAACUGAAGAUUAAAGGAGAUAUGGGCAAGGCCAUGAAGCUAGAAAAGCUACUUAAAGAUACCAAAUCGAAUUAAUUGAUUAAAAUAUAAAAUAUGUAACAUAACUAUUGUUAAAUGUCCUGGAGUUUUGUUUGGUGCCAGAAAUGUGAAUAUUUUAUUAGUCAAUACUCCAAUAUAUAUAUCAAUGCAAUUGUUAAUGUGUUGGCUGCUGUAAUAAAACAAAACUAAAAA